AUGAAUUCCUUCUUUGAUGGCUACAUCCAUUCUAAGACCACAUUGAAAGAAUUUGCGGGGCAAUAUGAUAAUGCCUCGUGUAAUAAGGCGCAAAAAGAAGAUGAGAAAGACGCCCGUAGUUUCAAUGUACAAGUUAAGAAUGUGUCUCCAUAUGACUUUGAAAAUCAAUUUCAAGAAGCAUACACAAUUGGCAAAUGCAAGGAUUUUUUAACUCAAUUAGCUGGAAAGAUUGCUUGCACCUUGAUCGCUGUGAAGACAAUAGAUCGUAUUUCUAAAUUUGAGAUAGAAGAAGACAUCAAAUGUGGUGAGAUUGAAUAUUUAAAAACUGUGACCUUCCAUGUCCGCUUCAAUAAGGCGUCAAUAGAAAGUAGUUGUACUUGCCGGUUGCUUGAGUGUAAGGGUAUCGUGUGCAAGCAUAUCCUCAUGGUUUGGACAAAAGAAAAGCUUAAUAGAGUGUCAGAGAAAUACGUUCUACGAAGAUGGAGAAAAAAUGUGAGGAGGAGCCACACAAAUGUCAAGAUUAGUUAUGUAAAUGGGGAACGCAAGCCCGAAUGGCGUCGCUUUGACAUGCUAAUGACUGUUUUCCAUGAGGCCGCUGAUAAUGCCACAUAUUCUGACGCCAAGAGUGCGAGGGUGGUGGCUAAGUUACGAGAAGUGAUAGCGGAGAUUGAAGUGUGUGACGAUGAGUGUCCAAUGCCACUAAUGCCCAUUUAUGUUCAAGAUAGUUCUGUGAGUCCCAAAGAUAAACGAAAACCCAUAGGUGAUCCAAACAAACCUCAUCGAAGAGGGCAACCGCCAAUAAAUAGGAAACAACCAAGGAUUGAGAAGAUCAUUAAGAAAGUUCGGGAAUCAAGCAAUAAGAUUCAAUGUCAUCGAGCCAAUGCAAAGAAUAGACUGGCUUUGGUAGAUGAAAGGGAUGUUGGGGUUGCCACACAAGAGAGUGUGAAUUUUGGUGCAAGUUUUCGCAAUUGGUGGUUUAGGUUUUUGAAAUUGUUGGGUGGUGCAUUUAGUGUUUGUUGCAGCUAUUUUGCUUGCUCAGAGUUUGCAAUAUGUGGGACAUCAUUCUAA